AUGUUGUCCGGCUGGUUCCUCGUCCUCCUUUUAAUAUUCAGCGUAGGUUUCAAUUCCGGUUCAGAUCUACGUCGCACGUGCAGUGACAAACCGUGCUUCGAGGGAGUUGAAUGUCAUUUGUCGCAAAAUGAUCCGUACUAUCAGUGUGGGCAGUGUCCUUUAGGAUACGAAGGUGAUGGAGUUUAUUGUAGCAGGAAUCCCUGCCAGCAGAAUCCUUGUUUCGAAGGAGUUGGAUGUCAGAAUAAGGCAGUGGAACCGUACUUUGUCUGCGGAUCGUGUCCGGUAGGGAUGACAGGUAAUGGUAUUUUAUGCGGGAAGGACUUGGAUUCCGACGGAUAUCCGGAUGAGCAACUAAACUGCAGCGAACCUCAUUGCGGUAAGGAUAACUGCCUGUGGCAGUCGAAUUCCGGUCAAGAGGACGCCAAUGGUAAUGGAGUAGGGGAUGCUUGCGAGGACGACGUGGAUUCCGAUGGAGUUGUUAACAGAGUUGACAACUGUCCGUAUGUAUCGAAUGCAGAUCAACUUGAUCAGGACAUGGACAACAUUGGGGAUGCUUGUGACAAUUGCUCUUUGAUAAGCAAUACAGAACAGAAGAAUCUAGACAAGGAUGCUGUUGGAGAUGCGUGUGACCCGGAUAUUGACGGGGAUGGAUUCUUGAACCAGUUGGAUAACUGCAAACUUCAGUACAAUCCAAAUCAAGACGACCGCGAUUAGGAUGGAGUUGGAGACGCUUGUGACAACUGCCCAUUGAUCUCAAAUCAGGAUCAAAUCGAUACGGAUUUUGACAACAUAGGCGACUUGUGUGAUACCAACGAGGAUCGCGAUGAAGAUGGACUCCCAGACGAUCUCGACAACUGUCCAAAGGUUGCCAAUGCCAACCAGUGUGACAGCGAUGGGGAUGGAAUUGGUGACGCUUGCGAUGAUGACAAAGACAAUGAUGGAGUUCCGAACGAAACGGACAAUUGUCCUCUGGUUGCGAACGUCGAUCAAAUCGAUCUCAACAGAGACGGCAGAGGCGAUAUUUGUGAGAAUGAUUUGGACGGGGACAGUGUCCCCGAUUGGGUUGAUAACUGUCCUUCGAAUCGUGCCAUUAUAAAGUCCGAUUUUCGUAAUUUUACCACGGUGGCGCUUGAUCCAAAGGAAGAGGCACAAAAUGAUCCACACUGGGAGAUACUCAAUGAUGGAGCCGAAAUAUUCCAGAAGUUCAACAGUGAUCCGGGAUUGGCUAUUGGGCAACACAAGCUGGAAGGGGUAGAUUUUGAGGGCACGAUCUUCAUAUCUUCGGAUCCAAAUGACUUUGUACCGGAUGACGAUUUUGUUGGAUUUGUGUUCGGGUAUACAAAUGAUCGCAAGUUUUAUGUCGUUUCUUGGAAAGCUAAGUAUCAAUCGUAUUGGAGGGGCAAUCCUAAACCUGUGGCAAAGGCUGGUAUUACAUUGAAAUUAGUGAAUAGUACCACAGGCUCCGGGCCGAUACUACGUAACGCCUUAUGGAAUGACGAAAGUGUACAAGGAGAAACUCAAAAAUUGUGGCAAUGUAAAACAUUAGGCUGGAAAUUCAACACUGCAUAUCGCUGGAAACUGGUGCAUCGUCCCUCUAUAGGAUUGAUUCGUUUUGAGCUGUAUAAAGGAAAUACAAAGGUGGCCGAUUCUCGUAAUGUCUUCGAUCAUAACAAUAAGGGCGGUCAACUUGGUGUCUACUGCUUCUCACAAGCCAUGAUAAAGUGGUCAAAUCUUGUUUAUCGCUGCAACGAAACCAUUCCAUCAAACCUAUAA